UUCCUUCAGUUCAGUUCAAUUCUGUCAGUCAGUUGUGUAUCUAUGUAGUUUGUGUUAGGUAUAGUAAUUUCAUUAUUUAUUACGAAUAAAAAUAAAAUAAUAAAAAUGAAAAAUCUUUAAAAGGGGACUACAGUGUUCAUUUUUAUUCUUAACUAGUACCAUACCUAGUGGCAAAAAUGUUGGAUAUUCAUUGAAACGAAAAUAAUAUAUUUAUUUAUGAAAAUGGAAGAGGAAAUAAAGUUUCUAAAUAUAUUGGAGCCAAGGAAAGCUGAAUGUGGAAUAUUUAGAUUCAUGACCCGAGCAUGGCACCCUCACCGGACUUUCGACACAGAUAAAUAUUACUCACCUCAGGAUUUAAAGGAGGUUGCGGCAAAAUCUAUCUAUCUGGAUUCUUUUAUAGAAGUGGAAAGUUCCAAAAGUGGCGUGAGUAAACAAAAGCUUAAAAAAGAAGUGUUAGACUAUUUGGAAGAAAUUGGACUUGAAAAAAAAAUGCAUGUGAUCAGGUGGAUGGGGAUUGGCUUUUUGAAAAUUGCAUUUAUGAUGAAAGUCGGCAUAUUUGUCAACGAACCAGCUGUUCUUCGGUUGAAAUCAUCAAUGGGAAAGAACCCUAUACUUUUUCUGCCCACACAUCGCAGUUAUGCAGACUUCUGCGUUCUUACAUACCUCUGCUACCACUACGAUAUUGAAUUACCAGCAGUUGCUGCAGGAAUGGACUUCUACUCGAUGGCAGUAGUUGGUCAGCGUAUGAGAGAGACGGGUGCUUUCUACAUCCGCCGCACGCUUACGGGGGCGCCACUGUACGCCGCCACUCUCAAGCAGUAUGUGCGCACUGUGGUAGCCAAGUACUCUUCACCGGUCGAGUUCUUCCUAGAAGGAACUAGAAGUCGCAGCAACAAGAGUUUAUCGCCAAAAUAUGGAGUGCUAUCAAUGAGCCUGAUGCCGCUGUUCGCGAGGGAAGUCUCGGACGUGACCAUAGUGCCAGUGAACAUCAGCUACGACCGGCUCAUGGAGCACGGGCUCUUCGCCUAUGAGCAUCUGGGAGUGCCCAAGCCCAAGGAGUCCACAGGAGGACUAUUAAAAUCUCUGUACAAACUGAACGACCACUACGGCAACAUCUACAUCAACUUCGGCGCCCCGCUGUCUGUCCGGUCGUAUCUCGGCGAGGUGUCCCAUUCGGACGUCCUCAAACCGGUAGACCUGCAGCAAAUCACUCCAGACCAGUUCAAACAGGUUCAAGCUGUCGCUGAAUACGUCAUCAGCUUGCAGCAAAAAGCGACUGUUGUGACGAUAUCCAAUUUGCUCGCUCUAGUUUUAAUGGACAGUAUAGUGAAAAGUGAAUUGUUGGAUUUAGACCAAGUGUUAAGUGAAGUGAGUUGGAUGGUGCAAGUGUUGACGGCGUUAGGCGCGUUGGUGUAUGAAAAUGACGUGAAGAGUAGUGUGGAGCGGAUAUUAGUAGUGCACAGGGAAUUUAUGCGACUGGACAAGGAGAAUAGGCUGAGGCUCGUGACGGGGACGCUUAUGGAUGUCUCCAGCGAGGUGCAGAAGAAAAUGAAAGGGCACACCUUAAGGGCAGAGACGAUGGCGACCGCCCUUCCCAUCAUACAACUGCAGCUGUACGUGAACCCCGUACUACACUACUUGCUGCCACCUGCGCUUAUAUACUUGCUGGUCCACGAGGGAGCAAUGGCCGAGGAUGAACUGGCGUCGCAGUAUCACCGCGUCAGGAAACUGUUGCGUCACGAGUUCUACUAUGUUGACGAAAACGAAGCUAAUACGUUUGAGUCAGCGUUAUCGUACUGCGUGUCAAACGACGUGGUGUUCCGGCGGGCGGGCCAGCUGGCGGCGGGCGGCGCGCAGCGGCUGCAGCGCGUGCUGCGCGCGGCCGCCUGGCCCGCUGUCGCCGCCGCGGACGUCUGCGCCAGGGUCGCGGCACAGGAAAGGAAAUGUACGCAUAGCCGCUUGCUGAAGCUGAUCCAAGCUGCGGUGGAGUCGUCUCACUGCCAUCCGUACUGCCUCAGCCUGGACUGCGCCGGCAACUGUCUCGGCGGGCUGGUGCUCGCUGGGGCUCUGCUCAGGGACAAACUAGAAAACGAGAUGUCGUACGUUGUAGUGCCCGACGCUAUGGCGCAGGCGCGCGAACUGAUCGGUGCCAUAUUGCCGAAGCUGCGCGUAGACUUCACCACUCGAAACCCUGUGGUUAUGGCCCGCGCAGAUGUCGCCGCCAAACUUUAAAUUUAGAAUGCCAAAUGCUUAAAAAAGAAGAACACCACACAUUUUACUAAAACGUGAGCUAACGCAACUAUAAAUGUCAAGGUCACCAAGCUUUUUUACAUUCCCGCCUUUUAUCACCUGUCAAUGGAGAUGGAGAAAUCGUACUUACUAGCUCGUUUUGUAUUUCCCUAAGUGGCGCCACUGUCGCGAGAGCUUCUGUGAUUGUAGAACUUAACUAAUAAAAUGUGCCCUCCCUUAGAAAUUUUAAACUAAAAGUGGACAAUCUAAACAACAUACUCUAGAUCUAAAUGAAAACUGUAACUAUUUAAACGAGGUGCAAAUCAGUAGUUUUUGAGAUAUACGAGUAGCUUAUAUGAGCUACUCGUAUAUCUCAAAAACUAUAUAUGCUUUAGCUUAUACGCCUAAAUAAUAUAUAUAUCUAUGAAGCAUACUUAAGUUAAAGUAUGUUUUGUCACUAUCGCACUUUACGAAAUUUGCCAUUGACAGAACGUGACAAAACAUGCUUUAGCUUAAAGUAUACUACUUCAGAACCCUUCAUGGACGAGUCCUACUCGCACUUGGCCACGUAUUUUUAUUGAGAAAGUGUUUGAAUACUCUAUUAUUAUAUAGACGAAUAUAUGAAGUAUCGAAUAUCUGCGUGUCUUAUUGGAUAAAUCGAUAUUAUUAAUGCAAAUAAGUAUUUUGAAUAGUAUAAGUUUCAAUAUUGUACCAAUAAUGUGAAGUCAUUAUUUCAUUCUCAAUAUAUUUGUUGUGUUAACCUUGCCAUUGUUAUGUUAUGACUUGUCAUGAAAAUGUGUUAGAUAUGUUAUAAUUUGUCUAAUCCUUCUGGUGUCAGUAUUAUGUAUGUAUUAUUUGAUACUUUGUUAUGUACCUGUUUUUAAUUUUGUGAUAGUGACGUCUAUUUUGUGGUGUAUUGUAAAUUGCGUUGCCGAAUUGUAUUUUUUAGUUAUUAUUAGUUAUUUAAGAGUUACCAUUGUUAUUUACUUUUUUUAUUCUUUAUGACCGAAAUAGCGAACCGCGCCCUGAAUUAACACAAAAACAACACGAACUCAUAAGUUCAAAGAUUACUUGUGAAGAUUAUACUACGCGAAACCGUCAAGCUACAUUCGCGUUACGCAUUACGUAAACGGUAAAAUACGAGUCACGAGAGUAUCUCCAUCUUUUAAAAUAACAUCAUGAUUUCAACUGUAUAUUCGAUUCAUAGAUGUAUUAAAAUGAUCGAUUGUACUGCAAAUAUUUAUCAUUAUGUCGAGACUUUUUUUAGAAAUAUAUUUUCUACACAUUGUACGUUUCCUGUAAAACUAAUAUGUCCUAUUAAAACUAAUAUGUUUAAAGGAAAUUAGAAGGUAGUCAGUUUGUUACUAUGAAUAAAAUAUUUGAAACA